CGCAGAAAGCCCGUGAACCAGUCAAACAAGGGAACAUCUCUAAAGGCGUCUUGAAAGUACCAGCUCUGCUCUGGGGCCAUGUUGAAGUUCAGAGACUGUCUGUCCGCGUGCUUGUUGAACCGCGGUGUGUCGUAACCCUAGGAGAGAAACGCGCGCGCGCCGCUUCACGUUGCGGUGCAAAAUCAACAGCGCGCGAAGUGCAGCAGGCAGGCAGGCAGGUCGGCAGGUCCGGGAGAGAAAGACAGACAAUAGACCUGCUUCUCCCUCACUGCGGUGCGUUUUGCUCCACGUUGUGAUUCAGAAGAACUUCGAGAGCGAAGAAGUCGCUCCCUCAUGGAUAGCUCGAGUUCUGGUUAAGGCUGUUCAGGGAUGUGAAGAUGCAACAUUUUCUCAACUCCUCCCCUACUGAGUCGCUACUCUCAAGAGCAAUCACUUUGGACCUGCUCUCCACCAAUUUAGAAUCAGAACCAAACACCACACAUGUCUCUGUCAGCAGCUUCAGCAACGCCAGCUCCUUACGUUGCACAUACAAGGAAGACUUUAAGAAGAUUUUACUCCCUGCGGUGUACGUUGUCGUUUUUGUGCUCGGCCUUCCUCUCAACGCCGUCGUCAUACUGAAGAUAUGGAGGACGAGGCCCCACGUCUCCCGGAACAACAUCUACAUGCUCAACUUGGCCAUAGCUGACUUUCUGUAUGUGAUGUCACUUCCUUUACUCAUCUACAACUAUGCCAGCCAUGACUACUGGCCCUUUGGGGAGUUUGCCUGUAAACUGGUCAGGUUUCAGUUCUACAGUAAUCUGCAUGGCAGCAUCCUCUUCCUCACCUGCAUCAGUGUGAAUCGCUACAUCGGGAUUUGCCACCCCUUCACCAUGUGGCUCAAAGAAGGCGGCCGAAGGAUGGCGUGGGGAAUCUGCGCAGGGGUGUGGGUGGUGGUCCUCUUCCUCUGUGCACCAACUUUCAACUUUGCUGCGACAGGAAUCCAGCGCAACCGCACUGUGUGUUAUGAUCUGAGCACGCCGAAGCGCUCAGUGGAUUACUAUCCCUACGGCAUGGCUCUGACCUUCCUCGGCUUCUUGCUUCCUUUUCUCGGCGUAAUGGUCUGCUACUGCCGGAUGGCGCACAUCCUCUGCCGCCCCGUGUCCUACCACGGGGUCUCGGUAGCCACGGGGGAGAAGCGAGACAGGGCUGUGAGGAUGAUCCUUGUGGUGGCGGCCGUGUUCUGUGUAAGCUUUCUGCCCUUCCACCUUACUAAAACUAUGUACCUCGUGGUGCGUACUUUGCCCAGUGCCCCCUGUGAGAUGAGGAACUUGUUCGCAAUCAUCUAUAAGUGCACAAGGCCAUUUGCCAGCAUGAACAGUUUGCUGGACCCUAUAUUGUUUUACUUUACCCAACCGCGAUACCGCAAGAGCACUAAGAGGUUUAUGCUCAAAGUGACCUCCCUCAGGGACAAGGGAACCGCAGUGUGAGCACAUCCCAUUUUGACUACGUCUGUCAUUAGCUGUUCUUUUUCCAUUUUAACAACCAUUUAGUAAGAAAGUCCUUGAAGACUUAAAUGAAUGGAAUACAGUCAAAUUAUCAGCCACAACAAACAAGGUUUGGGGUGCGUUCCUGAUUUUCAAAUGAAGAGAUUGUAACCUGUAACUGAUCAGCAUUAAACACACACAAAAAAUAUGCCUUAGAGGUUAUUUUGUCAUUGCACUUGCUAUAGUAAUACAGAGUGAAAUUUAAAAAGUCUUUUUUUGCAACUUAAAUCAUCAUUUUGUUUUUACAUCUUUACAUUUGUUCAGCACAAAAAUAUGUUGAAGCUGUAAAGCAUGUAGUUUCAUGUUUUCACCACUGGAGGUCGUGUGCACUCCACUGCAUCCAAACACUGGCUCUGGCUUGAACGUAAUCAAUAUGAUUUAUUCAGCACGGAUCACAUUAUCUGCACUGCAGUUAAUUAUGAACCAGUUACAACCAAAGUCCAGCUUGUAGUGCAUUAACUUUGGCAGUUUGGACAUUGUUUUAUUGAAAGUACAUUUUAAUGUUGGAAGUGACAUUAAUAUCACGUAUUAAUGAAGCAAAGAACUUUUUCAGAAGUAACAAAAUGGCGAUUUAUGGGCCUAAAUGCAAGGCUUAAAGUAAGUUUAACCUUUCUGCUUCUAAGGAGUCUGUAAGAAAGACGUACCUCUGUAAAAAAAAAACAUAUUUACCCCCCAACUUAUCAACUUAAAGGAA